GCACAGAUGAAAUCAAAGAGCAUCUCACUCUACUACAGUUCUCACGUAGGCAGCGUGCAUUGAACGUGCCAGACCUCCGUGCAGCACUCCCAAUCAGGAUAUAUAGUAUAUGUGGUUUCCAAAAAGGAUUGCAUGAAGCUGUCCCGUUCUACUACUCUGCCUUCACUCCAUGGAUUAUAAACUCAUUACUCACAAGGACAAUGCCUGCAUGCUUUCGUGUUUGACGCUGUGAAUAAUUACUUUCAUUGUUUGGUGUAAAAGUGAGGAUUUCCCUGUGCUUUGUUGGCUUUGCUGAGAGUCCAACCUGAAGAAAGGACAUCAGUGUCCUGAAAGGCAGCAACAUAUUUUUCGGGGGUUUAUCGUUAGCUCUUAAAUAUAUCUGUUCUGUUGCUACUUUAUUUAAUCCCAGAAAUACUCUAGUUUUAUGCUUGGAAUGUAAUCUCUGAUGUCAGGCUGUUCUGUACUGAGCAAAUCCCGGGUUAUGAGGAGCUUGAAGAGAAAAAGUAAGUUUUUCACAGCAAAUUGGUAGUCGGAUAAUACAGCCCCAAAGGAAAGCUGUGCACCAUGGGAGCUGUGAGUAAAGUGUGUCUGGAGAAUUAAGUAGAGAUUUACAGGCUCGGGACAAUGUCUUUAACACCAACUCUACUACCAACAAACGGCACCAGGUUUGCACUAGAUCAUGGCAUUAUGGACAUACCAAAGCCACCAUUUACAUUCAAUGCUUUACUUUUCAGCCUGACACUAUUAAUCACUGUGAUAGUGUUUGUGGGGAGCAUUAUUUCACUGGUUUCCUUGUUGAAAAUAAAGAGCAGGUCAACUCUGUCUCUGCUGGUGACCUCCCUGUCUGUGGAUGACUUAGUCAGUGUUGUACCCACGUCAAUUUUUAUGUUGCAACAGUGGACAACCCAGGCUCUUCCCCAGCCUCUGUGCUCGGCUGCAGCAUUUAUCUACUUGUUCCAAGGAAUCUCAAGUAAUUUCAAGGCAUCCUCCAUUAUUUGCUACAACUUCUAUACAGUUAAUAAACUAGGAAACAGCGAAUCCAGCAAGACAUGUGUUAAAAUCUAUUGGGCCAUUGUAACGAUAUGGGUGAUUAGUAUUCUAAUAAGUGCUAUUCCUUUAUUUGCUUGGGGAAGAUUUCAUACUACAUCCUGGGGAUGUUUUACUGACUGCACAAGUUCUUACAUUUUGUUUUUAUUUGGAAUCUAUUCUCUUUGCUUUUGUAUUCUGGUCAUCCUUUCUGCCCCUCUAACCCACCAGUUGCUGUGCAGCGAUGAGCAACAAUAUGUUCGUUACAAAGAUAUUGGCAAAGGUUAUCUCACCCCAACGACACCUUUGGGCAGCAAUGCCUCUUCCUUGUCUCCUGACAAUCACAAUGGCAAAACCUUGAAGAAUUUCAAUGAGAAAUAUGUAAACCCAGAGGCAGUGUUCAAGAGGAACGUGGCUGAAACAAGUGGGGAUGUACAGCAUUACUCAAACAGUAUUAGAAGCAGCAGGAACAUCACAGUACUGUAUGCUCAGAAGCGCUUCUCCUUGAUCCUUGCUUUGACUAAAGUCAUUCUGUGGCUGCCAAUCAUGAUACAAAUGGUUGUCCAGCACAUUGUUGGCUUUCAGAGCCUCUCUUUUGAGACCCUGAGUUUCAUCUUAAGUUUACUGUCUGCCACCACCACUCCGCUCUUUGUCCUGUCUGAGCACUGGAGCCAUCUGCCAUGUGGCUGCAUCAUUAACUGCAAGAAGAACACAUAUGACACGCCAGCAGAAGAAAACCAAAUCAAAAAAAGAGGGCUUGAUUUCAACUUAUCCUUCAAUAAAGGCUAUGGCAUUUAUAAGAUAUCGCAGGACAAUCACCCUACAGGGGAAAAUUCCACCUCCUAUCAUAAUUUGAUCAACUAUGAUUGUGAAAACAUGAAGGAACCACGCUGUGACCGAAUCCUCAAUUCAGCAAUGCUGGAUUUCAGCACCAUAAGUUUCCAGGACAGCUCCAUGCUGAGAGAUAUGAAUACACUGAAAACUCCUCAUACGGAAGCAAAACUGGAGCAGUGCAAAGAGAAAACUUUUGGGCAUCUUCUGACAGAGAAAAUCGGUGUCAGAAACUUUGAUAAAUCUACAUUUUAUGAUGGGCAGGAAAGGAGGUUGUCUCAUGAAGAGGGUCGCAAACCAGAGCUCACCGAUUGGGAGUGGUGCAGGAGUAAAUCUGAAAGAACGCCUCGACAGCGUUCAGGAGCAGCUCUGGCUAUUCCAUUGUGUGCUUUCCAAGGAACCGUUUCACUUCAUGCACCCACUGGUAAAACCCUUUCCCUAUCUACCUAUGAAGUAAGCAGUGAUGGACAAAAGAUAACUCCGACGUCUAAGAAGAUGGAGGUGUACCGAUCAAAAAGUGUGGGCCAUGAGCCAAAUAAGGAGGAUUCCCCAAACCAGUUUCCUGACACAAAUGUAAAGAUCCACCUGGAAGUCCUUGAAAUCUGUGACAAUGAAGAAGCCAUGGACACUGUCUCAAUCAUAAGCAAUAUAAGCCAAUCUUCAACGCAAGCCAGGUCCCCUUCCCUUCGCUACUCAAGGAAAGAAAAUCGCUUUGUUUCAUGUGACCUAGGAGAAACAGCUUCCUACUCACUCAUCAUUCCAACAAAUAACCAUGACAGCGACAUUAACAUUUCCAUUCCAGAUACAGUGGAAGCUCACAGGCAAAACAGUAAAAAGCAGCAUGCUGAGAGGGACAGCUACCAAGAAGAAAUACAAUUGUUAAACAAAGCUUACAGGAAAAGGGAGAGAGAUAGGGACAAUUAAAGCAAGUGUAAAAAAAUAACGUGUCAACGCAAUUAUCACUAUAGUAUAUUUUUCCUGAGCUUUACUAACAGUAAACUGCCUUGCAAAGUGCACAUUUCUAACUAUCCUAACUUACCGUAUCUGCUUGCUUUGCAGUAAUAGCCUCAUUUCUAAUGCAGCAGUAUGAAUGAAAGGAAUUCAAUGUUUUUAAAUGUUUGGAAACAUAGUCAUCAGUCAUAUUUAGAUCAGUAACAGCCAAACUCGUUUGCCAGUGAGACAUUUAAUAUUCAUUGUCACAAAUUAAAAACACCAUGUUCUAAACCACAGAGAACCUGCUUACUUUUAAUAACACAACCAUGCAGAACAAAGGCUGGCACAAACCGGACCUCAGUCAAAAAUGGGCACUUAGAGGAGAAGGAAAGUCUACUUGAACUUGG